AUGAUUUAAUCAAGUCAAGUUAGUUAAUUUGGCUACUCAAUAGCAUAAGCAGGAGGUACGGGUCAGCAUGGGUUAACUCAAGGCGAUGAUAGCUAGUCAAACACAAACAUAGGAGGUAAUCCUUUAUCCAACAGUGGAGGAGGUACCACAAAUAAUUUAGCUAAUUCUUAUAGGACACCUAACCUUUCUCUUAAUCCUUCAUCAUCUGAAUAGUACCCUUACAAUACUAGUAUUUUAGGAUAAAAUCAAAAUUCUAAUAAUAUGCAAAGAAAUUAUAAAAAUGUACCAUAGCCUAUUCCUAUCAGCGGAGAUCUAAUAUAGGACGAUUAAAAUGCUAUAAGAAAUAAUAUAAAUUCAUAGAGAAUUGCCUUUAAAUCAGACUCUCAUAUAAAUCCUUAUUCUUCAACUAAAAUUAAUUAAGGUAGUUAUGUUACAUAGAAUCCAUCUGUAGCACCAUAGCAGUAGGCAUUUUUAUAAAGCAGUGGAGGAGCAGAACAAAUUUAACCAGGAUUAAAAACAUCUUUAAGCAAUAUACCAGGAAGCUAAAGGGAAAUCCUACAAACAAAUUCAUCAUUAAACCUCAGCAAUGAGCUUGACAAUAACACCAAAUUAAAAAUUUGUUCUUAUUCAUUUAUCCCAAACAAUGAUUAGCAAGAAAAGGUUUUACAUAUUAAAGGAGGUAUUAUGGUUGACGAAAAAGUUAUUUUGACUGAAAAUAACGAAGACUACUUAGUGCAUUAAAACUUUUCUUAGUACAUAGAUUGCCAACUUAUUUAAAAAUUAUCAAUUAAUUGUGGUGAUGGAGUUUAGCCUAUUGAUAUAAUAGAGAUUCCAAUUAAAAAAAAAGAAGGUGAAACAUAAUUUUCCGAUUUAGUGAAUCAAUUUAAGAAGGGAAAUGCAAAUUCUUAUGAAAUAGCUUAAAGCCUUGAGUAGUAUUAAUAUCUUGUAAAUAGCUAGAUGCUCCAUAACAAUAGUAGUUAAUACCAAUAAAAUUUAUUAAAUAACUCAAAUAAAAGCGAAAAUAUUGAUUGCAGUCAUUUAUAAAGUUAAAGUUUUGCUAAUUAGUAAUCUAAUUCUUCCUAGAUCAAAUAAGAAUAUGGAGGAAAUCAAAAAUCUAAUACUGGUCUAAUUACAUUGCAAAAAUAGCAUAGUUAGAAUUACUCUCCUUUUCAAGUGUAGAAUGGUGCUUAAAUGAUAGGUCAAGGUUUUAGCUAAAAGCAAAACAAUUCUUUCAGUAAUCCAGCUACUAGUGAAAUUUAUUAGUAGCAAUUAAGCUAAUAAAAAGAAGAAAAUAAUUCAUUAAACCCUAUUGUUGGGAAAAAAAAUAACUAGAACCAGUAACAAUAAUAGUAUUAAAAUUAAACUAAAAUUGAAUUAGGUACUGAAUUGAAUAGAAGCAACUCAGGAGGUAAUAAAUCAAAGCAAUUAUAGCAGUAAAAUCUUUCUGAUGGAGCAAUAAAUCAAGAAUAAUCUGAAAGCAAUUUUAGUGAUUAAGAUUUAGAAAAGUUACAAAGAGAAUCUAUAAACAAUAUUUUACUGAGACACAAAUCAGAUUACUUUUCAUAUGUGGUAGUUUUUAAAAGCUAAAGCGAAGGUUUGGAAUCUCAACAACAACAAAACAACUAAAAUUAUAUUGGAUAAACUAGAAACUAAUAAUUCAAAGAGGACAAAAUGGUUAUCGGGCAUGCCAAAAAGUUUUUGAAUUUGUUAAGCCAAGAUGAUGAUUUGCUUUUAGCGGGUAAAAUGAUUCGCGAAAAAAAAUUGUGUAUAUUUUUAACAAAGCUGAAUAAAGAAAAUUACUUUGAGUACUUAAAAUAGCGUAUAAAUACUGAAUUAUAAAAUAGCAGUGGUUUUUCAUAAUAAUUUCCAUUUACUUGCAUAAGUAGCCUAGACCAUGUAUUUAAACCAACUGUUUCUUAUGUAAAUAUUAAAAAUUCUACUAAAUCUAAUUCUCAAGCUGCUGAUGAAAAAAGUUAAAAUCCUGAAAAUCAUUUGAAUUCUUCAACUUCUUCUUCAACUAUUCAAUAGCAACUAUAGCAGCAGCAAUAACAACAAUAAUAAUUAUAAUCAUAGCAGUCAAAUUUAAAUAAAGGUUAGCAUAGAGAAUAGCUAGUCAAUAGCAGCAGAUGUCCGUUUGCGAAUUAAUUUGAAAAUAAAAUAGAAGUCAAAACAUAUAAGUAAAUGGAUGUGAUAACAUUAGAUAAUUUUUUAUUCAAAGUCGAUAUAGAUGUAAUAGAAGAAUAAACUGCAUAUUUUAAAAUAAUAAUAUUUAAAUACAUAAUUACUGAUUCGCAUAUAUAAGAGUUAGAGAAUAAUAGAGGAACAUCAAUUAAUAAAUAAACUACUUCUUUAAAUCAAAGUGGUGGAGGAACUCCCUUUUAGCGUAGACCAAAUAAAAGACCAUCAUUGAAAUAAUAACAAACUUUCAGUGAAACAGCUAAACUUAGUAGAGAUAAAAGCGUUUCAAUGGGGGAUGAUAAAUAAAGAAGUCAAACAUUUAUGAAUAACUCUACUUCGAGCUUAAAGAAUAUUCCUCAUACAGCUUCCUCUACUCAAGAUGUCUUUAAUCCUAAGAAUAUGUAAUAUGAAACAAACUCAGAAAAGUUUAUUAUUAAAUUUUAUCCAUAAUAAAGUUAAAAUUUAUCUAAAAAUAUUUCUGAAAACUAUUAAGCAAGUAAUAAAGCUUCUGGGGAGUCAUCUACUAGAAACAAAUCAAGCAAAACGAACUUAAAUAAAGAAUAAAUUACAUUUAAUGACCAAGUUUAAUUAGCUUAACAAGAUGUAUAGUAGCAGAAUUAAAACUAAGAUUUAAUUGAUGAAGAUUAUCUUGAGAGACAAUUUAAAUAUUACAAUCCAACUUUCGAUAACAAUUAAGCAGAAAAUUUUGGUGAAUAAUAAAAUAAUCUGUAAUUUAAUGGCUAAAAUAGCAUACAAGAAUUUUAAUAGCACAGUCAAUAGGGAUUUAACAUGUUUGGAAAGGAAUAAAAUUCCUAAUAAGAAUUAUAACCAAAUAAUAUUAAAAUCUAAAUCAAAUAAAAUCAAGGGUAAUAACCUGCUCAAUUUUAAAUAUAAGGACCGUAAUAAAAUUAGUCAAACUAAAUUUAAAAGCAAUAAAUGCAGUAAUAGAUUUUGAAGAUAGAAAUACCUAAGCUAAAUCAAAGCUCAGAACCAGUUACUUAAAAUGAUAAAAAGACAGAAAAUGAGAGUAAUAUUUUUAAAUUAGUUAGACCUAAUCCUCUUAAUAAUUCUCAGCCAAUAAUACCCUAAGAAGAGUAAGUUUAAAAUGAAAAAGGUAAAAAAAAGCCAUAGCAGAGAGCAAGUAAAAAAAAGUAAGAUGACGAUGCUGAGGAACAGUAGAACACUCCAGCAGCUAAAACAAAAAGAAUUAAAAAAGAUACAAGUGCAAGUGAAGAAAAUAAAAAGGAUUAAGUAGAUGCAUAAAAUAAAGAAAAGAAGCAAACAAAAAGAACUAAAAAGCAAAAAGAAUCUGAUAAAUAAGACAAAUAAGAGAGCGAAGGAGAUAAAGGUGACGAUCUCUAGUUAAAUAAAAAGUAAAAUGAUAUAGUUAGUUUGAAGAAUAUUACUAUGUCUUAAGAGUAGCUUGAAUAAUAACAUUCAAGCUAAUUUGAUUCUUAAAAAAUGGUUAACAAUCUAUCUUAAGCAAAUAUAUAAGCUUAUUAAGCUCCAUAGUAGCAACAGCCUUAAUAAAAAUAAAUAUCCUAACAUCCUUACAAUUAAUAAGCUUAAAUUUAACAAUAGCCAGGAUAUAAUAUAAGCUAAUAGAGCAUUUAAAUGGCUUAGUAACAAAAUAUAUAAUAAUAAAAAUAACCAUUUAGUUAUCAAUUGAAUCAAUAGUAAAACCAAACGUAUCAACAAUAUUAACAAUAAAAUGUAUAAUAAUAGAACCCAAAUCAUUUAUAGAUGUAUUAUAAUUAAAAUGGUUAAUAAAUACCAUAACAAUAAAUGCAACAAGGUUAAUAUAUAAACAUAAAUGGGUAAUUAUACUAAUAAAAUUAUAUGUAAUCUCCUCAUUUAAAUUAUUCACCUUAACUUACUAAUUCACCUUAUUUGCAGAGUUAAAAAAUACCAAACUACUCUCCUUCUCCAAAUCUUAUAGCUUAAAAUACAUCUUAAUCUGCUCCAAAUUUACCUCCUUUAGAUCUUAAUUCAACUAACAAUAUUAACACUAUGUAUUAAUAGUAUAAAUAAUUUUAGAAUUUCUCAAAUUAGCCAAGCUAAUAAAAGUAGUAAAAUCCAUUUUAAAUUCCUCAAGCUAAAUCAUAACCAGUAGUAACACCACAUGUAUAAUCUUAAGAAGUAAUUUAAACGCCAGUACCUACAGUAAAUGAGUAGCAAAAGUAGGAAUCUUCUAAAAUCUAAGUUGAAAACUAAAAUUAAAUUCAAGAAGAAUAAUAACAGGAUUCUAAGUAAAAAAAGGGCAAAAAAAGAGAGCCAAAAUAAAAAAAAUAGCCAGCAAACAAAUCGCCUUCAAAAAAUAGUUAGGAAGAUGACUUAAAUGAUAACUACUAAGAAGAAGACUUAAAAAAAUAGCAGGCACCACAAAAGUAGAAAAGAAUUGCAAAAAACAAAAAAAAUGAAGUCUAGUAAUCUGUAGCAGACGAAAAAGAAAAAGAAGAAAAACCAGUAAAAAAAUAAUAUUAAAGAAAAUCGAAGGCAGCUCAAAACAAACCUGAGUAAGAGGAUGUAAAAGAAUAAAAUAAUUCUCUUAAUGUUAAAUAAAGCCUUAAUUAACAGGAUAAUAAUUUGUAAAUAAAUUAAGAUGAAGACGCUUAAAAUUAAUAAAAACCCAAGUAAGUGGAUUAACCUUUACCUCCUAAAAUUCCAAAUAGCAGCGCUGUUCCAAACCACCCUAUUCAUGACUCACCUUACUAACAACAACAACAACAUCAACAAUAAUAAUAAUAAAUUUACUAUUAGUAACCUUAGUAUUAUCCAUAUUAGCACACCCACGAUAAUUACUAUGAUCAAGAAUAUUAUAACACCCACAAUUACUAAUACUCUCAAUAUUAGAAUCCUGAGAUUUCUCAUCAUAACAAUUAACAGCACUAACUUUAAUAAUAAGGACAUACUUAAAACUAAUAAUACCAAUAUAUGAAUAAUGACUAUUUCAAUUAACAAAAUUAUAAUUACUAUUAUCAACAAAAUGAGCUUCACCACAAUAUUAACUCCUAACAAUCUUAAAAUGAAAUUAAUAAUGCCUCUAAUCUGUCAAAUCAAGUAGAACAAAGCUAAAAUGAGGGGAAAAAUACAAAAAAGGCCAAAAAUACCCAACCAAAGCAAAAAGCAGCUUCUUCAAAAGGGACAACAAAAAAUGGAAACUCUUAAAAAACUGAAUAAAAAUGA